UGUUGAGUCGCGACUGGCAGCUGUUCGGCUGGUUAGUCACCCGGAGCUCCGUCAACGCGGGCAUGGAGCUGAUGCGAGCGCGUGGCCGAGGUUGCGCUGACUGGUUGGCGGCGGCUAGCCGAGCUCGCCGACGUGCAUGGCCUCAAUAACCGAACUGCCACCCCAACACCGGCAACGCAACGGCUGCAGAAUGUUGAGUUUGCCUUGUUCGUCCUGCCAAUGUUUCAUGCAAACUGGUAACCCCAAUGAGUUGCAAGUCACUUGGAUUUCGUCAGAUGGGCAGGACCAGGAUCCUACUCUUUGGUAUCGUAGCAAUGCCAUGUCCCACACCGAGGCAUUGAGACAACAGCCAUCAGCCAUCUCAUACUCACCUGGAGAUAUAUGCGGAGAAAGUGAUAUUAAACUUCUCCGCGACCCCGGAAUUAUUUACAGUGCUGUUAUGACGGAUCUUACACCAAACACUGCAUACACGUACUGGUAUGGCUUUGACAACACCAGCUCUGAGGAUAUACUGUCACCAAAGCGAGCUAUAACAUCUCCACAGCCAACAACAAACACAGGGCAACAAACCACAUGUCGUAUGAUUGCCUUUGCUGACAUGGGUGUAUGGCUUGACAAGCACCUCGUGAAUUGGCAGAGCAAGCCUGUUGUGGACUUGAUCCAGCGCAUGAUCAACAACACUGACAAGAGAAUCGAUAUGAUUGCUCACAUCAUUGACAUACCCUAUACAGAUGCCACAAGUAAGAAACAUGUCUGGGAGAAGUUCUUCUACCAUAUUGAGUCCAUAGCAACACUAGUUCCAUACCAUGUUGCCAUAGGACAUGGUGAAUAUGACCACACAAGCACACCGUCGUCAAGAAAAUCCAAGGGAGUAGAGACCCAAAAGAAACCGACCUGGAGUAACUAUGGAAAUAACUAUGCUGACGUGUGUGGUGUUCCCAUGGCAGAGAGAUUUCCCAUGCCCCAGUCUCCAGGAAGCAAUGGUGUGUUCUGGUACGGUGUGAAUGUAGCUAAUGUACACUUUGUCAUGAUCAGCACUGAACAUGACCUCAGCCCUGGAUCUGUGCAGCUCAACUGGUUGAGAUACGACCUCAGUGCUGUCAAUCGGGCUACCCAACCCUGGGUCAUUGUUGCUGGCCAUCGACCACUCUACAACAAUGAGAAACGUCAAAAAGAUGAUGAUCUACCAGUGCAGCUGAAACUGAGGGAGAUCCUGAAUCCGGUCUUUGCAGAGUUUGAUGUCAACCUCUAUGUGUGUGGUCACUACCACAACUAUGUUCGCACCACACCGAUAUCAAGGAAUGGCAGUGUGACAUCUGUAGGCACUGUACACAUCACCGUCGGUACCGGUGGUGCUGAUCUUGGUUCAGGCCAGUAUCAUUCUGUUCCCUGGGUUGCAAAGAACUUGACGACAUUUGGAGUGAUUUCUAUUGAAACCGUGGGACCAGAGAGGAUGAUUGUACAGUUUGUGAGCAGCAGUGGAACAGUGCUGGAUUCCACCAUCCUGAACCUGCCGUCUAAGCCCUCAACAACACAGCCACAUGUCACUGGCAUAUCAGCAGGUAGCAGUGAUUCCCUGCCUAGUACUUACACUGUAGUGCUAACAGUACACACUCUCUGCCUCACCUACAUGAUCAUGAUCAUGACUUGAAGCCGAAGGAAAUCUCGGCUAGUCCUAACAAUAAUUAUGGUAGGACAAAAGCUUUUUUGCUGCAUGCCACAUGCCAUGUGCAUGUACAGCAUAUUGUGAACACGGGAUUUCGAGCGAAAACCUGGCAAAAUUCUCCUAGCAUUUGACCAUAUACAUGUAGACGCUGAACAAUAUUCUCAACACUCACGGAGUUAUACUGAUGUUCCUUUAUGAUAUUGAAGACAAGGGCAUAGUGGAUAAUAUCAGCAGAAUGUUGUGAGUAGAAUUGAAAAAAAUUCAAACUAGAACCGAAUUCUGUACAGUGCAUGCUGAGUGACACAUUGUGACGAUGCACAACAAUGUCAAUUUAUACAGCUCAUUGUGUGUGACAUGGUGAUGAAACGUACAACUUGUGUACGUUACAUCGCUUCUUUGUCACGUUCAAACCAGAAUAUCUGUACUGAUUUCUGUGGUAUGAAAGGCCUCUUUAGGUUCACACAUUACUUCGUCCGCUAAUCGUGCAAUGCAGUUUCCUGUAACUAAGUCUCUAUUCUUCAU